AUGGGGUCAUCCAAACUCUCAUUUGCACUUAUCUGUUUCAUCACUCUCGCCAAAUUUCACAUCACCCAUGCACAAAAUUCCCAGCAAGAUUACUUAGAUGCUCACAAUGCGGCACGUGCCCAGGUUGGCGUCGGAAACAUGGUAUGGAACGCCACUGUUGCUGCUUAUGCUCAGAACUAUGCUAACCAGAGGAUAGGGGACUGCAACCUUGUCCACUCUGGUGGACCUUAUGGCGAGAACCUUGCCGAGGGUAGUGGAACCUUCACUGGUACUGCAGCUGUUAACUUAUGGGUAGCCGAGAAAACUUAUUAUGAUUAUACGACAAAUACGUGUGCUAGCGGACAUGUCUGUGGACACUAUACUCAAGUAGUGUGGCGUAAUUCGGUUCAACUUGGGUGUGCUAGGGUUCAGUGCACUAAUAAUGGUUGGUGGUUCGUUAUUUGCAGCUAUUAUCCUCGAGGAAACUACAUUGGCCAGUCUCCUUACUAGUUAAUAUAUAUGUUGUUGCUCAUAAAUACAACUUAUGAAUAAACAUUGCAUUAUGAAUUGCAUGUAUU